GUGGGGCAGAGACUGCCCUCAGGAGAAAUUGAUUAGCCUGGGGAUUAGGUCUGCUCUGCCAGACCAGUGAGGACAGGACAGUCAAAAGUCUUUGGGACAAGGAGGAGAAAUCAUCUUGCCUGGGAACCAACUGGGCAGGGCUGAGAUACUGGCAUAUCUGAUCUGGGCCAGGGGGUGACAAAGAACAGGAUGCCUGUAGCCCAUCAGGAGUAACUCCACAAGUGUCCCCUGAUCCUGCUAUCCUGGGGUGAAUCUGCCAGCAACUCCAGCCCCCUUUCCAUCCCUUGACUUCUGAGUUAGAUGGGGCCUCUGGGGCUGAGACGGGCCUGGGCUAAGACAGAGUUCUGGAGGUCCAUGCUGGGAGAUUAGGCACCUAGGUCCCCAGCUCCACUCACUGCUCUGCUCACAGUGGGACCAGAAAAGAGCUCUACCCUGAGCAGAGGAAUCAGAGUGAAGUCACAGUUUUAAGGGUGAUGGUUGCUGUUCAGCAAAGGUACAGUGAGGGGGAAGAGACCAGGGAUCCCUGGCUGUGUGAUCUUUAACCACCCUUGCCCCUGUUGGGCAGAAGGAGGUUGAGGAGUGAUAGCAUUCCCUGAGCACAGUGGGCCAGCCCAGAUGGUCACCACAUUGAGGGUUGUCCAUCCCAAGUAUGAGUUUCCAGACCCCUCAUUCCCUCUAAUCCACCCAGUCUCUCUGGCAGGGUAAGGAAAGAAGAAUACAGCUGGCUGAGGGAGCUAACCCUUAGAGCUAAGUCUGAAGAAGAAAGCUGGGAACAAUGAUGGAAAUCUUCAGAUGCCACACUUAGCAGUUUGUACUGUACCAGAUUGGCACUGGGCAGCCUGGCAGGGCAGUGCAGCUAAGUGGAAGAAGCAUGUCUCAGAAUUCCUAGGGCUUUACAGCUCUGGCUUUCUCCUUCUCUAAGGCUGUCAGCCCCAGCCUACAGGAAGCACACUGAAGUCUCUGGGAGAAGACAACAUAUCUGUCCUGAAGACCUGGGACUUCUAGCCUGAAAGGAGACCAGCCCACAGACUAUACAGACAGAGGUGAGGCCUGGCAUGCUGCCCUUCAGGGAUACUACCAGUAUUUUUCUAAUUGAAAGAAGAAACUGAGGCUCAGAGAGGUCAAACUUCCUGAGUGGCAGAGCCUGGACUCAAUCUGGUCUGAUCUAUUCCAAAGCUGGAGAGCACCCACUACCCUAGACACCCUUCUGAGAUUCAAUUUCUUCAUAUAACUAGGAUUAUUGGGUGAGCAAUGUGGUUUUCAAGCCAUGUUUAGGAAGCAGAAAUUUUUAAAUAUUACAUGGAACACCAAUAUGCAGAAGUCUACCUAGAGACGCCAGAAUUUAGGCCUGCUGCCUCAUCUCACCCCUCAGCAUCGCCACCUGUCUGGUCACCCCAUGGCCCUGGCCAACCUCUCCUCCACCCCCAAGUUCCUCCUCCUGGGCCUGAUAGAUAGCCCCGACACCCACCCACUGCUGUUUCUGCUCUUCCUUAGCAUCUAUCUACUCAACGCACUGGGCAACCUGAGCAUGGUGGUGGUGGUCAGGUCCGACAGGACUCUCCAAUCCCCCAUGUAUUACUUCUUGGGUCACCUGAGCCUCGUGGACGUCUGUUUUACCACGGUCACUGUCCCCAGACUGCUGGCCAGCCUGCUUCACCCAGGCCAGGCCGUGUCCUUCCCUGGGUGCUUUGCCCAGCUGUACUUCUUCGUGGCCCUGGGCAUCACCGAGAGCUACCUCCUGGCAGCCAUGUCCCAUGACCGCGCAGUGGCUGUCUGCCGGCCCCUGCACUAUGCCGCGGUCAUGACGCCCUGGCGCUGCACAAUGCUGGUCGCUGCAUCCUGGGCCCUGUCCCACCUCCACUCGUUGCUCCACACGCUGCUCAUCUCUGCGCUCUCCUAUCCACGCUCCUCUCUUGUGCGCCACUUUUUUUGUGACAUGCCAGUGAUGCUGAGUUUGGCGACUUCUGACACGUCAGCCCCAGAGGCUGCCAUCUUCUCCGAGGGCCUGGCUGUGGUGCUGACCCCCCUGCUCCUUGUGUCUCUCUCCUACGGGCGAAUCUUCCUCGCGGUGCUAAGGAUGAAGUCUGCAGGCAGCCGUCGCCGUGCCUUCUCCACCUGCGGGGCCCAUCUGGUAGUGGUGUCGCUUUUCUUCGGUUCUGUCCUCUCCGUCUAUUUCCGGCCGUCAUCUGCCUACUCAGCCCGCUACAGCCGCCUGGCCAGCGUUGUCUAUGCGGUGGUCACACUGACCUUGAACCCUUUUAUCUAUAGCCUUCGAAACAAAGAAGUAAAGGGUGCCCUAAAAAGGGGGCUUAGAUGGAAGGCUGCAUCCCAAGAGGUGUAGAUAUAGUUAUUGCCCUGGAUGGAUGGCUCAGCUGGUUGAGGGUCCUCCUGUACCAAAAUGUUGUAGGGUCGAUCCCGGAUCAGGGAACAUACCUAGGUUGCCGGUUCAGUCCUUGGUCAGUGUGUGUAUAAGAGGCAACUGAUGGAUGUUUCUCUCUCACACC